AAGAAAAAGCCAGGAAGUGGCAUCAACCACUCUGGCGUCACUGCAUGUAAACUGGAGCACUCUGCAGAAGGUCCAUACUGUACCGUACUGGGACAGAUGUUCUGCCGGACGUGGCUGUGUCGCUGUGAACCUUUCAGUCUGAGGUCCGGAAAAAAUGCCUUUGACUCCUGCAAACCAGGCCCAGCUGAUCCGGUCCAGUCAGAAGGAUGAAUACUACCGAAGCGUCCUGAGGAACAGCACUAACGAAGCCUGUCAGACUGUCGCAGGAUCCAAACACUGGCUUGACUGGAGGAGGGAGAUAGAGCUGCUGUCAGAUUUAGCUUACUACGGUUUAACAACCCUCUUAGGUUAUCAGACUCUGGGAGAGGAGUACGUCGGCAUCGUCCAGGUGGACCCCACCAAGCGGCAGAUCCCCUCUCGGGGCAGGCGCUGCCUCUUUGUCCUCUGCCAUUCCUUCAUUCCGUACGUUCUUGAGAAAGUCCUGGUUUGUUUGGAGAAUGAGCUGGAAGGCGGGCAGGAGAUGCACGGCAGUGUUGGCAGCAGGCGUCAGGUGGCAUCGGGGUGGUGGAGCUUGGAGCGUUGGCUCAGGAGAGGAGUGCAACUGGCGGUGGGGCUGCUGACGGAGCAGCAGAGGAGAGAGUGCCGGCCGGCUGUGUUUGUGAUACAGCAGAGUGUCGCCCUGCUGCACCGACUCCAUGUGACUCUGUUCUACAUCAGCAGCUCUUUUUAUGACAUGUCCAAAAGAGCAGCUGGAAUCAGCUACCUGCGUGUGAUGGGGCCUAAUGGAGACGACUCCACCAUCAGGAGGAGCUACAGACUGCUGGGUACCAUAUCCUUCCUCCAGCUGCUCAUCACUGUGUGUCUGCAGCUCAACAACUUUAGACAAAGACAGAGAGCCAGGGAGGAGUGGAAGCUCUACAGGAAUUUCAGUCCUCAGCACACAGCAAGCUCCAGCCCCACAGCUCCUCGCUGUAUCCUCUGCCUGGAGGCCCGGAGGCACUCCACCUGCACCCCCUGUGGGCACCUGUUCUGCUGGGAGUGCAUCACAGAGUGGUGCAACACGAAGGCUGAGUGCCCUUUGUGUCGGGAGAAGUUCCUGCCUCACAGACUGGUGUUCCUAAGGAACUAUAGCUAGAACAGUGACGGCUUGACUGUAGCACAUCUUAACGUGUGUUUUUAGUCUCCUCCUCUAGAACAAAACUGCUAAACAACUGAACUUUGAACUUUGACACUAAAUCUUUCAGCCUGCUGUGAUUUACUGUCUCUCCUAACAAAAUAGGAUUUAAAGAUCAGUUUUAGACAGUAUCCUUCAAAUCAUGUAAAUGUUAAUAUAUGGGAAUUACAGCGCCCCCAAGUGACACUGGUGAUUUAUUUAUUUAACUUGUACACAUAAGAUAAUUUCUUAUGUUCUAUAAAAUUUUGUUUUAACACAAACAUCAGUUUAUGAACACAAUUUAUGAGCACAUGUUUAUAGUCAGCGUACCAUUUGGAAGAAAUGCUGGAGAGAUGUGGUGAAACGAGGAUUUGUUUACAGCUUGAUCGAGUAAUAAAAUUGAACUUUGUUUGGAUCAGCUCUGCUGUAAGUUAAGAAAUUAACAGUAAAUGUGUAUAUAAGUUUUGAUUAAAAACAUUAGUUUUCUAUAGAUAGCUGUUAACUAAUGUUUGUAAUGAUCUACUGUUUGUCUUUCAGAUCAGAAAUAAACUUAGAUUCAUCAAAAUGA